AUGCAGCGCAAACCUCAUCUCAGCCAAGGCGUUGCCGACGAACUCAUACAACCUUUUCGUGCUGGCGCGUUUGUAGAGCUCCUUUGCCGCAAGGCCAAUCCAUUGCCUACAGAUCUACUCAGUAUCGAUCUGGAGAAAGUUAUAGAAACUGGAGACCUAACCCUCGCCGCCAACCAAAUAAGCCAGGAAGCUGCUUUAGCUUACGGCCUGGAACAGCGACCCUUGAUGGAAGACGGGUUGUUUGUAACAGAACGUGAAGACCAGGUUGUUUCUCCACCAUGUACUGCACUAAAUCCGACUGUAGAAACCAUUCCCCUCAGCAGAAAUCCAAUGCAGCCGCCCGUAACAUACUCUGAGCCUCCCACAGAACCUAGCAGUGCACAGACACAACCCCCGGCCAAUACGUCACGUAAGAGAAGAUCACCGCCUGCUGUUGUAGAUGGCGGCAUAGGUGGGUAUGGAUGCGAUCCUAGUGGUGACCGUAAAGUCAUCUUAGACAAUAUUUCACACGGUAUGCACUUCAAGCGGUCAGCAAUAGUAUCUUCAGAUGAUGACCCAUUCGUUCUGUGGGCACUUCUCCGGUAUUCGAAGACAAGUGGAAAUCUUCAUCGUCGCUACCACGCCGUCCUAUUCCACAAGAUGAUGGAAGAUGAUGUCCGACGAGAGAAAAUGGCAUCAUCGACACGGAGCAAAGCCUGCAUGAAAAGGGACCUGUGGAGCUGGAAAUUUUGGAAAAGCAUCAGCGAUAUCGGCGUGAAAUAUGGCCUAGGACCUCUUGUCACGCUCUGUGCGUUCAGGAAUGACUUCAGCGGUUAUCGAUUGUCGGAGGAAGCACAGAAACCUCUGAUAAGAGCAUUAGAAACUCGAUUACAGAACAAAUCGGACAUGCUGCGCUCAUGGCUCCAAGAGGCGUCCGAAUUGUGCAAGAUUAUACUCGUUGGACCCACACCAGUAUCUCUUUUCAACAUCGACAAAUAUAACUCUCACACGGAGUCCGAGAUAACAGACUAUCAGUAUGAAUUCUACGUGCGUUCAGAACAACAUCGGGGCCCAAGUAGGUAG